GCUCAAUGAAAUUUAAUUAUAGAAAAACACCAUUAUAAACAAUAUUUCCAACGCUGCAAUCGCACAUUCAGGCGUUGAUGGGGCAGCUUCAUCCAGGACCCAAAACAUUUAGUGAGUCAGUUGCUCUCGGUUGUUGUAUUAGCGUUAGCUAUCAUACUCAUAACUGAAAGGACUUUUUAGUUUGAACAAGGAAUACCAGUAUGGCUGUAUCACCAGCAGUCACAACGUUGUGUGAGAAUUCUAAUGAAGUCUUCCUAGACGUCGCCAAGUUGUUACUUACGUAUGCAGACAAUAUUUUAAGGUAUCCCAAUGAGGCAAAGUACAGGUCGAUCCGCAUAGGCAAUCCUACUUUCUCUACCAAGCUGCUGCCCAUCAAAGGAGCUGUGGAAUGUCUCUUCGAGAUGGGAUUUGAGGAGGCUGAGACCCACUUGGUGUUCCCCAAGUCUGCAUCGGUGGAACAGCUGAAGCUCAUCAGGGAAUCAAUAGCAGCAGAGAGGGAUCAGAGGCUGCAAGGAGGACAACCUGUCCGACCCACUGCUCAGGCUGCUGCAGCCUCAGCUUCAGCACCAGAGAGCUCUGCUGCUGCUUCUAGCCCGCCAGUUUCACCACCUCCACCACAGCCAUCAUCGUUGGAGAAUAGUAUGAGCUUCUUUGUGACUCUGCAGUCUAACUUCCAACAUGUGAUGCUAUAUGAAAACCCUGAGCUGCAGCAGAAGGCUAGGACUCAAAUCCCUCACCAGCAGCUAUCCUCUGCUGCUCAACACAAGCUGAAGGAGGCUAAAGAGGCUGACCCAGAGUGCAAACUUGGAAUAGAAGACUUCCUGGUGCUGGAGUUACUCAGGUGGUUCAAAGAGGACUUCUUCUCCUGGGUGGACUGUUUGCCCUGCAGCCGCUGUGGAGGUUCGACCCAGAACGCCAGCUCUCUCAGUCCCAGCACUGAUGACGUCCGUUGGGGAGCUCAUCGAGUGGAGAACCAUUACUGUCAGGGCUGCAGUCUCUCCACCAGAUUCCCCAGGUACAACAAUCCUGAGAAACUGCUGGAAACCAGGAGGGGGCGCUGUGGGGAGUGGGCUAACUGUUUCACCCUGUGCUGUAGAGCACUUGGCCUUGAGGCCAGGUAUAUCUGGGACAGCACAGACCAUGUGUGGACAGAGAUUUACUCGGUCUCUCAGUGUCGCUGGCUGCACUGUGACUCGUGUGAGAACGUCUGUGAUAAGCCUCUACUGUAUGAGGUCGGCUGGGGGAAGAAACUGGCCUAUGUUCUGGCUUUCUCUAAGGACCAGGUGGUGGAUGUGACGUGGAGGUAUUCUUGCAAUCAUCCAGAGGUUUUGUCAAGGAGGACCAGAGUUCAAGAGGCCUGGCUGCUUCACACCAUUAAUGGUCUCAAUGCCUCAAGACAGCAGUCCCUGAGUCCAGACAGGAAGAAGGACCUGACAGAGAGGCUGCUUGUCGAGCUGGUGGAGUUUAUUUCCCCCAAGAGGCCAAAACCAGGGGAGCUGGGGGGACGCAACUCUGGCUCUCUGGCCUGGAGGAUUGCAAGGGGGGAGACUAGAGCGGCUGAGCCAGGGACCUCAACACAGGUUGCAGGUUAUGUGUUUACUCCUACUGAGAAAGAAAAGAGUGACAGGUUACUGCAUGUGUGCUACAGUGCCACCAAAGACCAGUACUGUCGACUGUCAAACAGCUCUGAGGUCAUUCAAAGCUGGGAUCAGUGUGUAUGGAGGAAGGACUCAGUCUUCAGAAAGGUGGAAAAUGACUGGCAGAUGGUGUACAUAGCUCGAACAGAAGGCUCCUCUAUGGGACGAAUCAGCUGGAAGUUUGAUUUUGCUCCAGUGGGAAUGAAGAUAAAGUCUGUCUCGAUCAUGGCCAGUAGCCAGACCUUCCACACGGGGAAAGUCUGCUGGCACUUGCAGUCAGGCCAAAUUACUACAGAAUUCUUGGGAGAUGGGAAGAUGCAGUCGUUUUCCAGUUUGUCCGGCUCUUCAGACUUCCUCAUUGUAGCAGAACUCAGUGGUGGAGAAGGGGAAACAUUGUGGCAGCACUCUCAGCUGUUCAGACAGAGCUUGAAGGAGACAGAAGAGUCUUCAUUUGAAAUCCUCAUCCACCUAGAAGAUGCUUAACAGUUUCUUUUCUCAACAAAACUGGACCCCUAAUACGUUUUCAUUCUUGGCUGCUCUGAAAAGUUCAGAGCUAACUGUUUGAAUGGUAGAUUGGGCUCUAACAUUGAUAUAUGUUGACAAAUCAGUGCAAUGUUUUUAAAUAUGUGUAAGUCCUCCAGGUUGAUUAAAUAUUAGUGGUCUAAUCAUAGAUGAAUGGCAACAUGAGUUUUGUACCUAUCACAAAGUACAGAUGUUGCCACACAUUUUAAAAUUUGAUUGGAUCGAGUUUUAACCAUAAAGCCAUAGUUUUUUUUAACUUUGCCUCCACUGUGAAUGUGUCUGUAAUUUGUGAGGCUUGGACAAAUUCCACACAGCAAACCAGGGUUGAAACCCUCAUCAGCACAGGUUGCUUCAGUUCUCCUGCUAGUAUAAUGCUGUAAUUAUUGGUGAGUGUAUUAUUUAAUACUGGGCUAUGGUAAUUUUACAUCUUACCAUUGCCAGUUACAUUAUUGUGUAGAAUUACAAAUGAAGCAAAUUAAAUGUAAGUAUUGAUGUAAUGGAAAGACAUUAUUUCAGAAAAAUGUAUGGUGGUAU